AUGAUGCAAAAUAUUGGACGGGGCGAAUUUUCUCAGUUCCCCAAUUUGUCACAGACAAGCUGCCAGGAAGACGACGUUUCAACUUACGUUCAACAUUUAAAUGCCCUCUAUUCAGAUUUCGAAUCUAGGUUUGAGGAUAUUUUGACUAUGGUAAUACCACCGUGGAUAAUUAAUCCAUAUGGUGACAUAGAAGAAACGAAUGUCAUAAUACAAGAGGAACUGACUGAACUAAGUACAAACGAAGAACUUAAGGUUCAGUUUAAAAACGGAUAUCAGCAAUUCUGGCUGCUACUUAUCCCGUAUUAUGGAAUAUAG